AAGGACAGCCGUUAAGUAAAAAAGCUUUCUUUCUUCUUCCUCCUCCUCCUCUCCCACCCUCUCAUCAAAAAUCCGACCGCCCUCCUCCACCCUCGCUCGCUCGCCUCGAAGAUGGCGUCUAAUAACAAGAAGCAGCAGCAGACGGUGAUUCAGUUCCAUCCGUCGUCGACGAGCUUGAGCGCCAAGAUCCAACCCCUCGUCCUCUUCAACAUCUGCGACAGCUACGUCAGGCGUCCCGAUCAGGCCGACCGUGUCAUCGGCACCCUCCUCGGCUCCCUUUCCUCCGACGGCACCGUCGACAUCACCAACUCUUACGCCGUCCCCCACAGCGAAUCCUCCGACCAGGUCGCACUGGAUAUUGAAUACCACCAUAACAUGUUUACAUCCCACCAAAAGGUGAACCCCAAGGAAGUCAUUGUGGGAUGGUAUUCAACUGGCCUUGGUGUCUCAGGUGGGAGUCAAUUAAUACAUGAAUUCUAUUCCAGGGAAGUAGCAAACCCUGUUCAUCUGACUGUGGAUACUGGGUUUACAAAUGGAGAGGCCUCCAUCAAAGCAUAUGUGUCCGUCAAUUUGUCCCUUGGAGAUCGUCAGCUUGCAGCACAAUUUCAUGAAAUUCCUCUGGACCUGAGGAUGCUUGAGGCAGAGCAAGUUGGAUUUGACAUUUUAAAGAAGACAACAGUGGACAAGCUUCCCAACGAUCUGGAAAGCAUGGAAGCUACAUUAGAGCAUCUGCAUGCUCUGAUUGAGGAUGUUUACAGAUAUGUGGAUGGAGUUGUUGAAGGGCGGGUAACACCAGAUAAUGAUAUUGGGAGAUUCAUUGCUGCUACUUUGGCAGCAAUCCCGAAAAUGUCACCAGUUGCUUUUGAUAAGGUUUUCAAUGACAAGAUUCAGGAUAAUUAUGUAUUAGUUUACUUAUCAAGUCUCAUCAGGACACAACUUAGCAUAGCAGAGAAGUUGAACACCGCUGCUCAGAUCUUGUAAUUUCUCUACUGCUUUUGUAUCUGGGCUUCCAUUUUGAUGAUUUUGCAGCGGCUUUGUUAUUUCUCCUUGUAUUUUCCUUUGGCUAUCAUCAAAUUGGGAAUUGCAUGGAGGUAGGAACCUGAAGUUAUUUGAUGACGCUUAUUCAGUUGUUUCUCUUUGGACGAUGUUGAUGAUCUUUCUCAACUUUGUUUAUGUAAUUCCCAACAACUUUGUUUAUGUAAUUCGUUCUGGAAAUUGUACUUGGAAACCUGUUUUUGUUUGCUGAAGUUAAAAAAAACUUGGUUAUUGCAUUACUGGAUGUAUUCUGA